AUGAAAAUCCAUGCCAAGGGGAAAUGCUCGGGAUCGUCGGGCAGCGGCGCCUCGAAAUCCAUCAAGAUCUACGAGAAUCUCCGCCGGGAUGGCCUCCAGCCAAGCAUUUCCAUCGUUCUUGCGGCUCUCAAGGUAUGCAUCGGCGCGAAAUAUCUCGCGACAGGGGCAAGAAUCCACAGCGAUCUGGCCGACCGCUGGAGCAGCAGCAUCUACGUCGCCAACAAUCUCAUCUCCAUGUACGCUCGAUGCGGCAGCAUGGCCGACGCGCGCCUCGUCUUCCAAUCAAUGCAGCAGCGAGCUCUGGUCGAUCUGGUCUCGUGGAAUGCCAUGAUCCAGGGCUACUCCGAGAAUGGGGACUUUGAAUCGGCCUUGCGGUGGUUUCUCAGGAUGAAAGACGAGGGAUUCCAGCCCGAUGGUCGAUCUUUCGUCGCUGCCCUCAAGGCCUGUGCUUCGAUCGAGAAGGAAAAAAGAAUCAAAAGGAAAGAAGAUCGAACAAGAACUCUCUUGGAGAAAGUCCGGGAGAUUCACAGGGACGUUUCUUCUUCUUCCAGGGAUACUUUCGUCGCAAACACACUGAUAGAGGCUUAUGGAAGCUGUGGAAGCUUGGAGGAGGCAGUGGUGGUUUUCGAGAGCAUGGAAGAAGUGGACUUGGUUUCGUGGACUUCGAUCAUUGUCCAGUGCGUGGAGAAUGGUAAAUCCGGGAGAGGACUCGAGUUCUUCGACCGGAUGGUGAAGAGUGGAUUCGUUCCAGAUGGUCGGACCUUGGUCGCCGUUCUCAAAGCUUGCGAAGGUGUUUUAGAGGAAGAGCGAGGAGAUGGAAAGCUGUCAUCCGGCUGCUUGGGAAGAAUCAGAGAAAUUCACUCUCGAGCAUCUUUGACAUCCUCGGAGCUGGAUCUAUUCGUGGCGAACACACUCGUUGGAGCUUAUGCCAGAGCUGGAAGCUUGGAUGACGCUCGUGAAGUUUUUGACAAGAUUAUUCAGCGAGACCCAGUCUCGUGGACUAAAAUGCUCCUGGGAUACGUCGACGCUGGCGAGCCUGAGCUCGCGCUAGAAUUAUACUCACGCAUGAGAAGCGAAGGAUCUACUUUACCGAGCGAAGUGACUGUCGUGGCUGCGCUCAAGGCGUGCUCGAGCUUGGCUCACGACGAGCAAGCGACGAUAGUCGAUGGAAAACUUGUGAAGAUCAAGUCUUUGGAGAAAGGGAUGGCUGUUCAUGCAGAUCAAGGUGGUUUUCUCGGACGGGACACUGUGAUGGCGAACAGCUUGGUGGACUUUUACUCCAGAUGCAAGGAGGUGGAGCUUGCUCGUCGGGUCUUUGAUGGGAUCCAGCACCGGACUACUGUGUCCUGGAACUCCAUGAUGAUGGGAUGCGUCGAGAAUGACGAGCCAGAGGUGGCUCUGGAGCUCUAUGCUUCCAUGCAUAACGAAGAAGAAGGACGACCAAACAAAGUUAGUGUGCUCGCGGCACUCAAGGCGUGUGGGAACUUAGCUGCUCGAGAACAGGAUCAAGAACACAGGAAAAAACACCUAGAGAAAGUCGCAGCGAUUCACUCACAAGCUCUAAGAUCCGAGAUCGAGAUCGACACUCACCUGGGAAGCAGCUUGGUGGAUGCCUAUGCGAGGUGUGGAAGCCUGAUCGAUGCUCGCUCCGUUUUCCAGCAGAUGAAAACUCACGACACCAUCGCGUGGAACUCUCUCAUCCUUGCUUACGUCGAUUCCGGCGACGCCGAGCUUGGGCUAAAGUCAUAUCUGGAGAUGAAGAAGCAAAGCUGCUGCUCGCCAGAUCGAGUAACGUAUCUCGCGGCUCUCAAAGCUUGCGGAAACUUAGCAGCGCUGGAAACCGGGAGGAUGAUCCACAAAGAACUCCACGCCGAGAAGCUGGACUGCGAGACGAAGGUGGUGAACGCGCUGGUGGACUUCUACGGCAAGUGUGGGAGUUUAGUCGAGGCCCAGCAGGUUUUCGACGAGUUUCCAGCGGGAUCCAGGAACUUGGUAACUUGGAACUCGCUGAUGGCGGCUUAUGGCAACGCUGGAGAGGUGUGGAGGGUUCUCAAGCUCCUGGAGACGAUGAUCCAGCACAGGGAAGAGCCCGACUCGGUAACUUUUAUGGUGGUUCUCAGCGCUUGCAACCAUGCGGGACUGGUGGAGCAAGGCCAGAACCUCUUCGAGGCUAUGAGCUCCGAGUUUGGGAUCUGGCCUUCGAUCGAGCACUGCUGCUGCGUGGUCGAUCUCCUCUGUCGAGCCAACAGGAUCGAAGAGGCAGUGAUGCUGGUGACGGAGAGAAGCUCGAGUUUUUGCUCGCCGUCGUCGGCCAAGCUCUGGAUGGCGAUCCUCUGCGCUUGCUACAAGGCGAGCAGCAAUGUGGAAUUUGCGAGGAUUGCUUUCAAGGCUGUAGUGGAACUGGAUGAGAAAGUGGCGGGGGCUUAUGUUCUCAUGGCAAGCAUGGAAGAAAUGGAAGAACUCAAAACUUCCCGCCUGUGA